AUGGAGGGACUUCUAGCCAAGUUGAGAUCAAUUUUUGUAGAGCAACACAUUAGUAUUGAGUUGGGUUUCAAGGAAGGGCUAACAGACCUUUUUAGCUUGUUAACCAAAAUUCAACUUGUGUUAAAUGGUGUUGAGAAAAGACAAGCAAGUGAUGAGUUUCUGAGGAGUUGGUUAGAAGAGCUUAGACGUGUUGCUUAUGACAUUGAUGAUGUGCUAGACGAGUUUGGCUAUAACAUCCUUCAGCAAAAGGUACUAAACUACUCUUCAUCCUCUAAUGAAAUUAUCAAUAUGGCAAACGAAAUUAAGACUAUCUGCAAAUCAUUAAAUAGACUUAAAGGUGACAUUGCUAGUUAUGAAUUUCGAGCAGAGUUUGAGAAUUCGAUUCCUGAGAUUAGCUUUAACAUGGAGAUAGACUCCUUCCUCGAUGAUUCAAAAGUUAACCAAAAUGUUAGAAAUAACAUUGUUGAAGCAACCUAUUGUGAUAGAGUGACAGAAAUCACAAAGACUUUUACUCAAUAUGAAUUAACAGAAUAUGAAUGUUGGCUCAAAUUCAAGAAAAGAGCAUCUGCAAAUGAAAGACUUUUAGCUCUAGAUUUGGAGAAAAUUGGAAAGGAGAUUGUUAAAAAAUGUAAAAGGGUUCCAUGGGCUGCAGAAUUUUUAGGGAGAAUAAUGUACUUUAUACAUGAUAAAGGUGAAUGGCUAUCAAUUCAAAAUAAUAAAAAUUGGGAUUUACUGGACGAUAGAAAUAAUGGAGUGUUUCACAUAUUAAAGUUAGGUUAUGAUCAUCUUCGAACACCAUCUUUGAAACGAUAUUUCGCAUACUGUGCAAUUUUCCCUAAAGAUUAUAACAUGAAAAAGGAUGAAGUAAUUCAGUAUUGGAUGGCUGAAGGGUUCCUUGAACCAUCAAAAGAAGGUAAUACAGUGAUGGAAGAUAUUGGUAACACGUAUUUCAAUAUUUUGUUGGCUACUUCCUUUUUCCAAAAUGCUAGAAAGGAUGCCUGUGGUGAUAUCAUUAGUUGCAAAAUGAAUAAUUUGGUGCAUGAUUUUGCCAUUUCAAUUUCAAAAUUUGAAAUUCUAAUUUUGGAGGGAGAUUCUAUGGAUAAUGUUAGUAAAGUACAACCUUUAUUUGUUCGAUCUGAUGGCAAAACAAGACCAAGAACUUCAUUUAGUGGAGAUAGUUCCAUAAAAAUGCGCACAUUAAUUUCAGAAAAUCUAAACUUUGAUGACAUCUUAUCAAAUUUUAAAUGCUUACGUGUUUUAAAAUUAUCCGGGCAUAGUAUAAUAAGGUUGCCAAAUUCAAUUGAGCAGUUGAUAAAUUUGAGGCUUCUUCACAUCUUGCACACUGAAAUUGAGGAAUUUCCAAAAUCCAUUACCAAACUCUACAAUUUGCAAACUUUAAGAAUCGAAGAUUGCCCUAAACUCAUGAAGCUUUCGGAAGACCUAUGCAAUUUGAUUAACUUGAGACAUAUUAGUAUUAAUAUUGGUCUUUUGAUAAAGUCAUGGUACAGAGAUAGUCUACUAAAAAAUAUGGGACGGUUGACUUGCCUUCAAACAUUGAAUUCUUUUAGUGUGGGUCGAGAUGAAGGUUAUAGGAUUAAAGAAAUGGGACCCUUAAAGAAUCUCAGAGGAGAAAUAAACAUAUACAAUUUAGAGACGGUGAAAGAUGAGGAAGAAGCCAAAAGUGCAAAAUUAAAAGAAAAGGAAAUAUUCAAGUUGGGAUUAUUUUGGAGUCGUUUUCAUGGACAAUUGGAUAGGUAUGAUAAAGAUGAAAAGGUGUUGGAAGGCCUCCAUCCUCACCCAAAUUUGAAAAGCUUAACAAUCGCAUGGUAUGGAGGAAAGAAAUUCCCCUCUUGGGUUAAUGAUUUGUCGCUAUUUCACAAUCUGAUUCAUAUCAUAUUGAAUUCGUGUGAGGAAUGUGAAGAAGUUCCCACUCUCGGGCAUUUACCCUGUCUUAGGGUUCUUGAAAUAGAAGGCAUGGGGAAGGUAAGAAGUAUAGGAAGUGAGUUUUACGGUAACAGUGAUGGGAGUUAUAGAAAUGCUACUACAUUAUUUCCGGCAUUGAGAAUACUCAAAUUGGAGUACAUGAGUUUACUCUAG